AAUGUAACACUUGGUGAUAGUAUAUCAGUCUAAGAUCCUCCAUAGACAUCAAAGGGCCCUUCAUUUGCACAUGAAUGAUUGGCCCCCCGCAGUCCAUCAGCGUUAUCUCCACCAAUCAGCUCUCAGAUGUGGAUCCUCACUCGUCUGGCGGUUCAUCUGAAGCUGAUCAGCAGCUGUUUAUAAGGCUCUAUCUGUGCUCCGAGUUCUGUUUGGCUCCGCCGCUCGCGUGAAUGAUGCUCUGUGUGCUUCACCGUCUCUUGUUUUUAACGUCUUCUCUCACUUUUAUGCGCGCAGAGCGCGUCGACACGCAAGAAAAGCUGAUUUUAAGUUCGAUGGGUCUCUCGAGUCGCCCGAAGCCUUCCCAUCAGGCUCCAGUGCCGUCUCUGCUGUGGAGGAUGUUCAAGAAGGACGGCGAACGCAGCUCAGAGUCUGACGGCGAUCCAUGCGUGGUGUCCGAGUACGGAGUCCGGGGAAACAUUGUCCGCUUCAUCCAGGAUCAAGGUAGUCUGAUAUCUGCUCCGGCCGUCCACUGCUUUAACUGCGUGAGAAAGCAUCUGUUUUUCAACGUGUCGGUGCUGGAGGACGUCGAGCAACUCUCGUUCGCUCAGCUGGAGAUGAAGUUCGAGCAGGAUCUGGCUCACCUGGGCCGGAGCGUCUUCAGCGUGGACCUGUACGGGGUUCGGAGGACCGCUCUGAAGGGGGUGACUCACGAGUCCAGCCGUAGGUUGCUCCUGUCGCAGUCGCUCGGGCCCGGGGCGUACGCGUCCGUGCACGUCAAUCUGACCCAGCUGGCCGAAACCUGGAGAACACCGGGUAAGAACUACGGCGUGCAGGUCGAGGUGCACUCGAGCGGCGAGCUUGAGGAGCACGCGUCGGUGGGAAAGGUCGCUCGAACGCCGGAGUUGCGGGCGUCUCUGGUGGCGGUGUCGCUGAAUCCUCUUCAGUGCAGGUCCAGGAGGAAGCGGAGCGCCGCGUAUUACCUGCCCGUGACGCCCAGCAACGUGUGCAAACCCCGAAGGCUUUACAUCGACUUUAAAGACGUGGGCUGGCAGGACUGGAUCAUUGCGCCUCAGGGCUAUCUGGCCAAUUACUGCCACGGAGAGUGUCCUUUCCCUCUGAGCGAAAGUUUGAACGGGACCAACCACGCCAUCCUGCAGACGCUGGUCCACUCGUUCGACCCUAAAGGGACGCCUCAGCCCUGCUGCGUUCCCAUCAAACUGUCCCCCAUCUCCAUGCUGUAUUACGACAAUAACGAUAACGUGGUCCUGAGACAUUACGAAGACAUGGUGGUGGACGAGUGCGGAUGCAGGUGAAGUGCGCGGUUCUCGAAUAACGCGGACGUCGAGGACGUGGCGGGAAAUGCGGACUCAAGAGACCUGUAAUUUGUUAAAUAAACUUUGUUUUAUGAUA